GGGUGACCACACCUAUGUAGGCGCCGCGGUGUUCAGCCAGAACUCUUAUCCUCUGGAGGCCAUGGCGGGGCUUCUCCGUUGCUUCCCUUCGCCGCCGCGUAUAAAGCCUGCCGUGGUUCUCCGGCUGUUCGGUGGAGUCCUUACCUCCGAAAAAAUGGUGCUUAUCGCAUUUAGAAAGGAAAAGCUGGCGGCAUUUUCAAUUUGCAUUCAGGCACAUGAGGAAUACCAAAUCCCAUCAAGCUGCAUGUUCACACACUCUACUGGGGAUGUUUUUCCAGUGGCUAAAUCAGAGGAAGUUUAUGAUGGUGAUGGGAAAAUGCAUGAUCUUUGCCAUGCCAUAAUGAAAUACAUAUUCAAGCAUCAGAAAGUGGCGUCAGUCAACUUCCUGAAAGCAUUUGCUCUGACAAAUUCAUUGAUGUUCAUUCUGCCUUCUAAAGUUUUGGCAGAAACAUGCGAGGCGGAUAAUUCAUUUUUCAACAUGCCUCUGCUGUUUGCAAUAGCCAUGAUAGGGGCUACUGUUGGGGGACUUCUUGCGCGGCAAAGAAGAGGUGAACUCAAGCGAUUGAAUGAUCAGCUUCGCCAGAUUAAUGCAGCACUAAGAAGACAAGCAAAGAUAGAAUCCUAUGCUCCUAACUUGAGCUAUGCACCAGUUGGUAGUAGGAUGGCAGAAUCAGAAGUCAUUGUUGAUCCUAGGAAGGAGCAGUUAAUCACAAAUCUGAGAACUGGGAAAAACCAUCUGAGAAAUCAAGAUCCAGAAAAGGCGUUUGCAGAGUUUAAGGCUGCUCUUGAACUUGCACAAGGUUUGGGAGAUUAUGUUGAGGAGAAGAAGGCAGCUCGAGGGUUAGGGGCAUCUCUACAGAGACAGGGGAAGUACAGGGAAGCCAUAAAGUACCAUUCCUUGGUUUUGGACAUAUCCAAGAGAGUAGGAGAGGAUUCUGGCAUCACGGAAGCUUACGGAGCAAUAGCAGAUUGCUACACGGAGCUUGGAGAACUUGAGCGAGCAGGAAAGUUCUAUGACGAGUACAUUGCAAGAUUAGAAAAUGACUAACAAUGCUUAAUCUAUCUUCUUUUUCUUCUUUUUAUUUAAUUGUAAAACCAUUAGUUGAGAUCCACUUAAGAUUUGAGAUGGUUGCCUGUAUAUGCGGAAAUUUUCUUGUAUUCAAUGCUGAAUACUUCACUAUCUUCAAUUUUUGUGCAUUGAGCCAACAUUAUGUACUGGUCAUGAUGACAGUAGUUACGUGUCUCACUCAAAAUUUUUCGAGGA